UUAGGAUAUUAAGGCCCUUAUGCAAUAAGGACUAACAACAUGGGGUAAUGGGGAUCCUGGACACCUGUUUCCCAUCAGUGACUAGUAAAUGAAGAUCCAGAAGUCUCCACAGUUACAGGGAUAAGAAGGAAAUUGUGGAGCAGCUCAAGAGUGGUGGUAUUAUUUCUUCAAGAGGAGAAAAACAACCCUCUUGGAAAUUAAAGCAAAAAUAGGAUAACUUCAAAUGGCUACUCUUCCCACUUCAACCUCAUCUGGGCCUCAGUCUUGAGUCAAUUACAAUUUUGGGGAAUUAACGGUGAAGUUACAAGAUACAAGGUUGAAACUACUAGAUAGUAUUUAUUUACUCACCCAUUGUCCAUGGAAUCUAACCUCUAAUCACUACUAAAACAUCUCCACAUGAAAACUGCUUCAAAAAGACCUCUCUGUCAGCAUACCAUGGUGCCACCUGCAUAUCUUGAUCAACACUUUCUGCCAUUAAACCGCUCUUACGACCUGGCCACAACCAACUCAUUAACACAUCAGUACAGUGCUACAAAACGUAGUCAACUCAAUGGCCAACCUGUGGCCAAAGUACAAUCCUAUAGCAAUAACCUUGCAGCACCUUCAAUAGACUACAACCGGGCAACCCAGAGCUGUUCAGUGUUGCCUUCUCCUAAGUCUCCAGCAAAAAAUUCACAGUGCUUCAAUAAUAAGGCUAAAAAGUCACAAUUAUCCCUCUCCAAAGGCCCUGGCACUCUUUCACUAGACCACUGGAAAAAUCCAUUUCAUCCUGCUGGGAAAGCCUUGAGCUCCCCCUUAUCACACCCUAAGCCUCAGAUAACAUCUUCAUCUGACCUUACUAAGACAUCAUCAUCACUGGAACCAAGUCAAACACACUCGAGCUCACAGCUACCUCUCCCUGAACCUCAGACUACAUCUUCCAGCCUGGACUUUCACUGCACAUCACCACUGCUAAAGUCUAACCAAAAAGUUUCACAUUCAUCUUUAUCUAAUCUCCAACCUCAAGAAACAUCUCUGCUUGAUAUCUUGUGGGUCUCUUCUUUGAGACCCAAGCAGAAAGUAAAUAGGUCCGCGUUACUUGAAUCCAAACCUCAGAAAACAUCUAUAUUGGAUGGUUUGUGGACAUCUUUAUUGGUACACAAUCAAAGAUCACUGAGCUCGCCAUCACUCAGUACCAAAGCUCAAACAAACAACUCUCUUCAGACACCACAUUCUUUGGAGUUCCAUCAGACAGCUCUAAAUUCACCACUAGAGGAUUCUGGGCUUCAAAGAAAGUCUAUCUUGACCUCUAAAGCAAGUGCUCUGAGUUUACCAUUAUCCUCUGUGAAAUCAAGGGAAUCACCUGCAUUGCACUCUGCCCAUCAAUCUCAGAGUUUAUCGGUGUUCCAGCCCAAAUCUCAAGCAGUGCUUGCACUUGAUCAUCACUUCCAGUCUCUCAGCUCACCCAGAUGUCACUCCAUGUUUCAGAGUACUGCUUCACCAAGUGACAAAAGCAGAGCCACAGAACAGCCACCGUCUCAUCUCAAACCGAAUGCUCCAGCACAGGCAUCCUCAAGCACCAAACACUGCCUGAAGAAGAGUGCAGCUGCCUCCACACGGGCCUCGAGACCCCAGAGUAAGGGCAGCCUUGAUUUUAGUGCAAAGAUAGAAUCAGAUAAAGAAAUUCCAUGGACAUUACGUUAUGGUCAUCCCUGCAUUGUGAAAGGCGGGACUAUCCCUGACCGUGUUGUAAACAAAAUCAUCAAUUCUCUCUCCAAGACCAGAAUCCAAAGGGAUCUCUCUAGACAGAUUCUCUUCCGAAGAAUGAGAGGAAGGCCAAAUCCUCAUCCUGGCCCUCGCAUUUCAUCAACAUACACAGUUUGUUUAACGUGUGCUUCCUGCAUAAAAUCUCCAUGUAACCAUUUGAAAGGAAAGAGAGACCCUCACUGUGGAAGACUAUUUGUCAUACCAACACCUGAGGCCAAUUCUGAGGGCAAAAUACAAGUGAAAUUACUUUUUCUCCUUACUUUACCAGAGACUUAUUCUUCUCCUUUUCUCCCACCCCUCUCUAUAAGAGGAAGCCAGCCUGAAGAUGCUCUAAUUGAUAACCUGGAAGAAAUGGAGAAGACAUCACAACUUUUCUCUACAUCUGAAUCUGAUACCUCCCAGGAACUCAGAGUGAAAAAAAGGUCAUUGACAGUGUCCAGUAAGAGCAAAGUUGUGAGCCAAAAGGAGCAAAUUGUAGACUGGCUGCUUUAUGUUAAAAAUAAUGACAGCUUUCACUCACCAUCCCAGAUCCCACCUCCUCCUUCCUCCUGCUCCUCUUCCCCCUCUUCUGUUUCCACUGCCACCCAUUCACCAACGUCUUCCUCUUCUUCCUCUUCUGCCUCACCCUCUGAACCCUUUCUAUCCAGAGACACUGCACCCUAUCUGCUCUCAAACUCUGUAGUCACCAACCUACUUAGCCACCACAGAUUGCCGCCAGGGGUCUCCUGGCUUGAGUUCAUAUGUAGCAAGGAUUACCAGCCUCUUUCUGGAAAACCAAGUAAAAAGCAAUCACCGCAUCCCAAAACACCACCUGUGAGGAAUGCCAACACAGUGUGAGAGAGGAAGGGACCAAUCAUAUUGCACAAAUUUUUCCAAGCACAAUUUCAAA